AUGCCCGUUAUAGACAUGGCUUCGUUCAUACGUGGUUUAUCUGCUAGUACAAAUGGAUGUCCGGGCCCAGGCCUGGAUUCUCCGUAAUUGUGGUUGCGAAGAGACAGUUCCAGACAUAUUCCGGUAGUCAAACAUAACAGUCGACGUGCUCUCUCACAAUAGCUAUGUGGCGUUUCAUUUUCUGGGCUACAGCCUUAUCUACUUUGGUCGUCGGUCGUCCGCUCGCCGAGUGCUCGUCUAAGCCUGCGGCGUUUUUCUUGGCAGGCGAUUCCACGACGGCGGUCGACGGCGGUUGGGGUGACGGCUUACUCGCUGCGCUUAAGAGUCCGGCUUGGGGCGUGAAUAUCGGGAAGAGUGGCGCGACGACGGCGUCUUUCUCUGCAGGCGGAUACUGGGCGAAUAUAACGAAACACCUCCAGGAUAACGUGGACAAAUAUGAUUGCUACGUGACUAUUAGUUUCGGACACAAUGAUCAAAAAUCAACCAGCGGUGUCACCUUCGAGCAGUACCAAGCUAACCUUAUUCGUUUCGCUAACGAGGUCAAGUCAUUGGGUGGUACGCCAUUACUAACAUCGUCACUUUCACGCCGGGCCUUCCCCUCAAACGAUGAUCACAACGCCACGGAUUCGCUGCACGACCAGCGUCUGGCAGCCAUCGCAGCGGCCAAAGCAACGGACUCCGCCGUCAUCGACCUCAACGAGGCGAGUCUGAAGUACAUCAAUGCCAUCGGGAAGCAAGCCGCCUGGGAGUACAACUAUGGUUCAGACAAGAAGGACACGACGCAUCUGAACGAGCACGGAAGCAUCGUGUUCGGUCGUAUGGAGGCUGAUCUAAUCAUCCGCGCAAAGCCAAACUUAGAGAAAUAUUUCACCCCUAACAAGACUCUGAGCGACGCCAUUUGGAACAAUCAACCUGCAUGAGAAUCUCAAGACUGGUGGGAUAUUCUUGUUGAAUUAGUGGCCAUCUAGCUUUUCUGGAUAGAGGUGGUCAUGUCAAUAAGUAGAUUUAAGUACGCCGUCACAAAAUGCAGAAACAUCCG